AUGGAACAGCGGCCAAAUAAUAACUUCCAAUUGAAAUACAAUGAGUACAAGCAAACUCUGGAGGAAUUGCAGAGCAAGAUCAUUGAGCUCGGACGGGAUAAAGAUGAGCAUGAAGUCGUCUUGAAGACGUUAGAGGAGACUGACCCUGCAAGGAAAUGUUAUAGAAUGGUCGGCGGUGCUCUUGUGGAGAGUGACGUUGAAACUACAAAACCUAUAUUGGAGACCAAGAGACAGAAUCUGACGGAUACGAUUUCCGGUAUGAAGGCGGAGAUGAUAAAAGUGGCCAACGAAUUUGAACAGUGGAAGAAAGAUAACAAGAUCCAGGUCGUCAGACAGUAG